AUGCAGGAUCUCGUCUGGAAGAAGAAGGCGUCAAAGUCUGCAGACAGACUCUGCUGCGGCGUUCCUACCGACUUCAGCACCUUCCUCAACCUUACCCGCUCGCAGCAGUUCGACGAGCAGCCUGACUACGCGGACCUUUGCCACCUCCUUCGCGAGAUCUUCAUAAGUAGAGGCUAUCAGCAUGACUUCAUAUUUGAUUGGUGCAUACCAACAGAAAAGUCGGCUCUAUCUGCUACUGGCAACAUGGCAACUCAGAAUGGGAAAUGUGCGAGCCUGGUGGUUGGCUGGUUGGUGGCGUAA